AAUACAGAACUCCCUGUGUGGAAUUACGAUGGAAGCGCUACGUACCAAACUCAACGAGAAAACUCUUUAUAUCCAGUGGCCAUUUUUAACGACCCGUUCAGGUUGGCACCAACAACUUGUCAUGUGCGAAACGUACAAACCCGAUCACACUCCGACUGGUACAAAUCACCGUAAAGCCGCUUUGGAAGCCAUGACUAAAGCUGCCGACCAAAAACCGUGGUUUGGUAUCGAACAAGAAUACACGUUACUCGACACUGACGGCAAACCGUUCGGAUGGCCAAAGACUGGAUUCCCAGGUCCCCAGGGUCCGUACUAUUGCGGUGUUGGCGCUGAUAAAGUGUACGGACGUGACAUUGUGGAGGCUCAUUAUCGUGCAUGUCUGUAUGCCGGAAUCAACAUAUCUGGAGAGAAUGCCGAAGUUAUGCCAGCUCAGUGGGAAUUCCAAGUUGGACCAUGUGAAGGUAUUAGCAUUGGUGAUCAUUUAUGGAUGGCUCGUUUCUUGCUGCACCGUAUUGCCGAAGAGUUUGGCA